CCGGGAUUGGGGGCUCGGGUGUUGACGUAACUUUCCGCUUUGAGUGGCCUUCCGCUCGCCGGCUGUGGGGAGGGGCUCGGGGGACAUUUAGCGGAGCUCCCGGUCCCUAAGCCCUUGGAAGUGCAAUGAAGUCGGUGAGCUACGUGCAGCGCGUGGCCCUGGAAUUCAGCGGGAGCCUCUUCCCACACGCCAUCUGCCUCGGAGACGUGGAUAACGACACGUUAAAUGAACUGGUGGUGGGAGACACAAGUGGAAAGCUGUCUGUGUAUAAGAAUGAUGACAGCCGGCCAUGGCUCACCUGUUCCUGCCAGGGAAUGCUGACCUGCGUUGGGGUUGGAGAUGUAUGUAAUAAAGGAAAGAACCUCGUGGUGGCAGUGAGUGCUGAAGGCUGGUUUCACUUGUGUGACCUGACGCCUGCCAAGGCCCUGGAUGCUUCUGGGCACCACGAAACACUAAUGGGAGAGGAGCAGCGUCCUGUCUUCAAGCAGCACAUCCCUGCCAACACCAAGGUCAUGCUGAUCAGCGACAUCGAUGGAGAUGGAUGUUGCGAGCUGCUGGUAGGUUACACAGACCGUGUGGUGCGGGCUUUCCGCUGGGAAGAUCUGGGCGAGGGCACAGAGCAUCUGACAGGGCAGCUGGUGUCCCUCAAGAAGUGGAUGCUGGAGGGUCAGGUGGACAGUCUCUCGGUGACUCCAGGGCCCCAGGGUGUUCCUGAACUGAUGGUGUCUCAGCCAGGCUGUGCUUAUGCAGUUCUACUGUGUACCUGGAACAAGGACACUGGGCACCCCCCUACCUCUGACGGGGCCCCGGAGGGCAGUAGGGAGACCCCGGCUGCCCGUGAUGUUGUGCUGCACCAGACGUCCGGUCGCAUCCAUAACAAGAAUGUCUCCACUCACCUCGUUGGAAACAUCAAACGAGGUGAAGGCCACAACCCUGAGAGUGGUGGCUCUGGCCUCUUUGCCCUCUGCACCCUGGAUGGGACGCUGAAGCUUAUGGAGGAAGCAGACAAGUUGUUGUGGUCAGUACAGGUGGAUCACCAGCUUUUUGCCCUAGAGAAAUUGGAUAUCACGGGCAAUGGGCAUGAGGAGGUAGUUGCCUGUGCCUGGGAUGGACAGACGUAUAUCAUUGAUCACAACCGCACUGUUGUCCGCUUCCAGGUGGAUGAGAAUAUCCGAGCCUUCUGUGCAGGCCUGUAUGCCUGCAAAGAGGGCCGCAACAGCCCCUGCCUGGUGUAUGUCACGUUCAACCAGAAGAUCUAUGUGUACUGGGAGGUGCAGCUGGAACGGAUGGAGUCUACCAAUCUGCUGAAACUGCUGGAGGCUGAGCCAGAGUACCGGAGCCUGCUGCAGGAGCUGGGCGUGGAUCCUGACGACCUCCCAGCCACCCGUGCCCUGCUUCACCAAACCCUCUACCAUCCAGACCAGCCACCACAGUCUGCUCCCCCUGCCCUCCAGGAUCCCACCUAGCUGGACUUGCCCUCUUAGCUGAAGACGGGUCCUUCUGAACCUCCCCACCCCCCAAGGUAUCCGUGGCAUUGGCAGGAUAGGGAAUACACAUUACAGACGAGCAUGGAAGGAUGGUGGCAACCCUAGGGUGGCUGUGAACUCUAGACCUUAUGGUCUUUUUGGUGAGAGAAGAGACAAGUUGACUCUCUGCCCGUUUUCUUGUGUACCGCACCCAUCACAGCAGCAGGGUCGUAGGACCCCGACCUUAUUCCGCAUCGUCUGGGACUGCCCCCGCCCUAGACCUCCCCUCUCUUGUUCUGUGGAAAACAGACUUGUUUGUGAGGAGGGAGUACAAAUCUUUUGCACAGCCCCAACACUUGUAAGGAAAGCAGGCUCUGGAGCCAGUGGAGUAAUGAGGUAAGGCUCCACGCCGCGCAAGCUCUGUCUUCCAUGGCACAGCUCCGAGUCGUUGACAUUAGUAACUGUUACAGGAAUGACAGACUAUUUGUUUUGUUUUUGAAGGAUCUUUCAGGACGUGUUAGUCUGGUCUUACUGUGUUCCCAGCAACCCUGAGAUAAUUUUUCUCUGUUUAACAAAAGAAACUGGGCCAGCACUUUCACAUUUUGCCGUGUUCUUGCAGUAUUGUGCAGCUUCGUAGGCUUCGCCCCCAUUUCCCCUAAAAACACCUUAUUGUCUAUAAGACAGUAGACAUUUAAAAUCUGAUGCAGGUUUAUGAUCCAGACCACAAUCAGAAUUAUAUCUUGGCCAUUUAUUUCUGUUCUGCUCUUGAUUGUGUGUGCUAUAAAUCAGUGUUUUUCAAAUUGUAGGCUGCAAUCUUUUGGUGGCUCGUGGUCAGUAUUUUUAGAAUAAAUGAAGUAGAAUAGCAUAGAAUAGAAUGGAAAAUACCAGAGUAUAUUGCUCACAGUAUAGGGAAGUACUGUUUUGUUAUAAUUGUAUGUGUAUGUGCGUAUGUGUAUUCUGAGUGCAGUGUAAAAUAUAUUUCUUGCUAUGA